AUGCCAUGUGCUGAGUUAACUUCUUUCGUAUUGUUGCAGUUCUCUGAGUGGUUGGGAAGAAGUGAGCAAAUUGAUUUUACUGAAACUGAUUAUGCAUGUCAUCUUGAUUGCAUUGCAAAAGUACAUGGGCUUUGGAAGGCAGAGAAGUUUAUUGUGGAAAUCCCCGAGUCGCUCAGAGGUAUAUUAGUUUAUCAAACCCUCUUAGAGAACUGUGUCAGUGUUUUGAAUAUCAAAAAAGCAGAGUUUGUGUUUCAGAAAAUGAGAGACUUAGGGUUGCCAAUCACUGUCAAUGCAUGUGAUCAGAUGAUCAUUAUCUACAAGAGGAUGGAGAAGAAAAAAAUACCCAAUGUAUUGUAUACGAUGAAGAAUCUAAACAUCAAGCCUUCUUUCCUUACGUACAAGCUUCUUAUAGAUGCUAAAUGUCAGUUAAAUGACACUAGGGGGAUGGAGAAAUUGGUUAUGGCUAUGAAGGAGGAAGGUAUGGAACCUGACGUCUUUGCUUUAGCUGUCAUAGCAAGGCACUACAUGACUGCAGGGUUAAAAGAUAAAGCUGACCUCAUUGUGAGGGAAAUUGAAGAAAGAAAACAGAAGGGUGGAGGUCUAGGAGCUCGUAGAUCAUUGCUCCUCCUGUAUGCCUCUCUUGGAAAGGCUGACGAGGUGGGUAGAAUUUGGAAGGAAUGUGAAGCGGAUCCCAAGCAGAGUGAGUGCAUAGCUGCCAUAGAAGCCUGGGGCAAGUUGGGCAAAGUGGAAGAAGCAGAAGCAGUCUCAGAGACGAUGCUUCAGACAUGGAAGAAUCCGACUUUUGGCUAUUACACCUCUCUUCUGAAUGUUUACAUAGACAACAACCUAACUGGUAAGGGCAAGGAUCUGGGGGAACGGAUGGGCGAUAUUGGUUUGUGGGCUGGUCCAUUGACUUGGGAUGCACUAGUGAGGCUUUAUAUCAAAGCUGGGGAUAUUGAGAAAGCGCAAUCCAUUCUGCUAAAGAUAGCUCGGAUGAAGAGGAAGAGGCCUUUGUACACAACAUAUAUAGCUGUCAUGGAGCAGCAUGCAACACGAGGUGAUAUACAUAAUACGGAGAAGUUGUUCCAGAGUCUGAGGGAGAUUGGGUAUACCUCACGCUUUAAACCAUUUGAGGUUCUGGUCGAUGCUUACAUCAAUGCGAAAACUCCAAUCUAUGGGUUGCGAGAGAGGAUGAAGGCCGAUAACCUAUACCCUAAAAAAGAAUUUGCAGGAAAAAUGGCACUGGUAGAUGGUUUCAGAAAGACUCAAUUAUCUGUUUUGCUUGAUUAA